AAUCCACCAGCUCGCUCCACUUUUGCUGCUCAGGAGAAAGAAGCUCAAGUCUUGCAUGAUGCCCACUUAAUUAUCUCCUCUUCACCUCCAAAGCAAACUUCUUCAGCCACCUGUUUUCAUGUGUUUUAUGUGUUUGCGCUCCACAGUGAGGUAACCUGCAUUAUUAUUAUUUUUUUUUUGGACGGAUUACUGUCCCGCACCGUGGAUGCUGCUCCCGUUGUGGGAAUCCUGCGGGACCAGCCUGGCAACGAUCGUUUCUGAGUGGAGAAGGAUUAUAUGCGCGGAGAUGCUGGUUUUGGUGCCCCUUCUGUGGCUUCUGCCUCUGAGCCGAGCGGCUCCUCCGCAAACCAUCCAGGAGGACACCGGGGUGGACUGGCUGAGCAAGUUUGGGUACCUCCCACCCGCUGACCCAGUAACCGGCCAACUUCAGACUAAGGAGGCCUUGACCAAGGCCAUUAAAGCCAUGCAGAAGUUUGGAGGACUCAAGGAGACUGGAGUCUUUGAUCAAGCUACAUUGGGGCUCAUGAAAACGCCCAGAUGUUCUUUGCCAGAUGUGUCUGAAAGUGAAGUGACGGUGGGCCGCAGAAAACGAAGUCUGAGUCCUCCCAACAAAUGGAAAAAGAGGCAUUUAUCCUGGAGAGUGAGGAAAUUCCCAAAGGAUUCCGCCUUACUAGGCCGAGACACCGUUCGAGCACUCAUGCAUUACGCCCUGAAGGUCUGGAGUGACAUCGCCCCGCUUAACUUCCACGAGGUGGCAGGAAGCGACGCCGACAUUCAGAUCGACUUCACCAAAGCCGACCACGACGACGGUUAUCCCUUUGACGGGCCGGGGGGCGCCGUGGCCCACGCUUUUUUCCCGGGGGAGAGAUUCACCGCCGGGGAUACGCACUUUGACGAUGAUGAGGCGUGGACCUUCAGAUCACCAGAGUCUCACGGGAUGGACCUGUUCGCAGUGGCCGUCCACGAGUUCGGUCACGCCAUCGGACUUGUCCACACCUCGGCCAUGGAGUCCAUCAUGAGACCGUACUACCAGGGUCCGGUCGGAGACCCUCUCAAGUACGACUUACCCUAUGAAGACAAAGUCCGCGUCUGGCAGCUGUAUGGUGUCCGUGAGUCCGUUUCCCACACCAAUGAGCCGGCCAACCCUUCCCAAACGACCGAGCCUCCCAUCCUGAUGGACAUUCCAGAAAACAAAACCAUUCUGCAGCUGGCGCAAGAUGCCCCAGACAGAUGCACCAGCUACUUUGAUGCCGUGGCCCAGAUACGAGGCGAGGCCUUUUUUUUCAAAGGAAAAUACUUUUGGCGGCUCACGCGAGAAAAGCACCUGGUUUCUCUGCGUCCGGCUCAGAUCCACUGGUUCUGGAGGGGCUUGCCCGCCAAUCUGGACAGCGUGGACGCCGUCUACGAGAGACCGGGCGACCACAAAAUCGUCUUUUUUAAAGGUCUCAAAUACUGGGUAUUUAAAGACAACGUGAUGGAAGAAGGUUUCCCGCGUCCAAUCAGCGACUUCGGUCUGCCUUUGGAGGGCGUUGACGCGGCUUUUGUGUGGCUCCAUAACGAGAAGACCUACUUCUUCAAGGAUAGCCGCUACUGGCGCUACGACGACCAUCUGAGACGGAUGGAUCUGGGUUACCCCAAAGACAGCACGCUGUGGAAGGGGCUGCCCCCACACCUGGAUGACGCCAUGAGGUGGUCCGACGGUUCGUCGUACUUCUUCAAAGGAAAGGAGUACUGGCGGGUGCCGAACAGCGACAUGGAGGUGGAGGCUGACUACCCGCGCCUCAUCGCCAAGGACUGGCUGCUGUGCACCGACAUGCAGUCGGACUCGCCGGGCGCCGAAGCCAAGAGCACCGAGAGCCGGGCCAACGCGCACCCUCACCCGGACCACGCCGAAAACGGCUACGAGGUGUGCUCCUGCACCUCGGACGGCGCCUCGCCUUCGGGGGCCCGGCCCUCCCCGUCCCCCUUGUGGCUACUGCUGCCCCUCUGGACGCUCGCGCUGGCCCUCCGACCUCUACCACUAUGAUGCCAAAAAGACAUUUGGAUUAGAUUAUAUAAUACCUUUGUUGUUAUUUAUUGCGCAAUCCUUAAAGCAGGUUCUUGUUUGAUGAGGGCAUUUUGAGUUCUGCAAUCAUUUCUGCUUCAUAUGUUUUGCUCCAAAACACCAAAUAUAUUUUUUGCAUCCAUGAAGGAAGGAAAGACACGAGAGGCAGAGUUUGCCAUUGAAAAACUACCACACACUUUGUGUCAUUAAGACCUGACAGUACAAAAAAUAAAGAAACCACCACACCUGAGGAAAAACAACCAGUCAGGGUCUGAAAGGUCUUUAAACUUGGACAACCGGUGUCAACGUGUAUUAUGACACUGGAGUUUUACUUUUAUGUUCCAUCUGCUGUAAAUUCUCUACACUUGAACCAUGUCACAUCCUUCUUUCGGAAGUGUUGCCGCUAUGCUAAUUAGCAUGCAUUGACACCGAAAAAUUAGAAGUGAAUGAGACUAUGGACUUGUGCCUUUUUUUUUUCUACUUUAAUGAGCGCUCUGAUGGAAGUAAAUAAGAGCAAAGCAUUGUCGGACCCAGUGAGCACUUUUAUGAAUGACAAUGUGAUCCCCCCCCCCCCUUCUUUGUUUUGUACAAGUGCUAGAACUCAACCCACAGAAGUCCAAACGUGCCAGAAGAACAUCUGCCUUCUGCUUUUGCAGCCGGGCCGCCAACUUUCAAAUGGCGGCAGAGGGAAAAGCGCCGUCGCUAACGGUUUCUUUGCUAAAACUCCCUCAACUGCUCCCCUGUUUGGUUUUUCCAGGCCGUGAGCAUUUCCACAUCUGCUUCAUCUUUUUCUUUUUUCUUUUCUAUUCCCCAUCGCCAAGGUGAUAGCACUGCGCCUGUAAAGUUCUAUUUCUCUAUUAUACUGAUGACUUGAGGGUUUGAAAAGAAUAUCAAGUGUAUAUUUUAAGUUGCAUUUUAUAAUGUAAAAUAUUUUUGUAGAAAAAUUAAAAUGUACAUGAGA